GUGCGGGUUACUGCAUUUACCGCAGCCUACGGAGAGAAAGAGCUCCUCCGGACCGCACUCAGCCUUCUCACGGUAGGAGGAGCUUUAUCCUACCAUGUGACUUUAAUGUUUCACUGGUUUUACAAUAAAUCCUGUUGAUGUUACAGUGUUACAGUCUAAUGUUAUGUAGCUCACAAGCGACCUCGUCUAUGUAGACAAUUAGCCUCAUGCUAGUUAUCGUGCUAGCGAACUUGGCUACUUGUUUAAAUUACACUAUAAAAUGCUUACAAUUGGCUCAACAAGUUAUUUUAUUUCCAUUAUGAAUUAUUUUAUGUAUUUCAUAUCAUAUCUACUUGUCUGUUUUCUGUAGUUAUUACACAAUUUAUUGGUAAAUAUAAUCGUUAGCCUAAUGUUAGCUAACCUGCUAGCGACCUUAGCGGUCAGUUUAAAUUACAUACUAAAAUCCUGAAAGGAGUUGAUGAACGUAGCUCACGAGACUUUAGUUUAUUUCCACAAUAUAAUAUUCAAGCCCAUUAAAAAGUGACUUUUCACAACCCUGACUACUGGAUUUACACUAAAUCCUACUUGGACUAGUGAUUAGUCAGAUCUAAAGGGCUUGGUUGUCUACCUAGAGAACUUCACUAAUCAUUUCAUUUACACAUCAUAAGCCUGUGGACGUGCUGAGGGAAUCAUUGGAUACUCCCUCUCUCCUCCAGGUCGUUGAGCCAAUUCUGCAACUGCCGCCCACCGAACCUCAAGACGAACCUUCAGCCGUCAUUCUGGUAAACAAAUCUUUCAUUUAUUUGCUAAAGCAGAUCACUGGAUUUUACCAGGUUGCAUUUUCUGUAAAGGAUGUUAGUAUGAAUCUGCUAUGAUAAGCAGCUCUUAUGAUCUUCGUGCUCUACAUAUCACAGCCGCUCGAUGCUGGUGAACCGAACAGCGCUUGCUGCGAUGUUCGGUUCGUGUCUGCAGAUUCCUCAUCCUCCCAGUCUGAGCCAGUGGACAUCAGGAGAGUCAUCCCCGGAAUGAUAAGGGGUCCAGAGAGUCGGCUCUGCGGGCUCGAAACCGUAGAGACGCACCACUCGAUUCACAAAGUUGUUGAGCCACAUCUUCAUUUGCUGCCCAACGAACAACAAGAAGACCCAUCAGCUGUUCUUCUGCCACUCGAUGCUGGUGAGCUGAUCAGCGCUUGCCGAAACAUUCAGUUCCUCUCUGCAGACACCUCCAUCUCCCAGUCUGAGUCAGUGAACAUCAGGACAUACCUCUUGUGGAUGAUAAGGGGCCCAGAGUGUCGUCUUUGCUGGUUUACAACCACAAAGACACAAUCCAUCAAUCACAUGGGAUUCCCUUAUCAUACCACCACAGAGGAUUGUUUCACUGGCAUACAGGUUGAAUCUGGGAGGGUUACAGAAUUUAUUUCCUGUAACCGAGUGGAGACCGACAUCAUCGUGCCAGGUUUUUAUUAUGUGCAAACCAUUAAACAGGUGACCUGCACUUACCUGUUUGUGGGUAAAGAUGGGCAAAUGGACACCUCCACUUGGGAGAAGGAAGAGGUUCCCGUUCCAUAUGCGGAGAGUGACGAGAGCUUUAACCCAGAGGAGAUGGAGGUGCCCUUUAUUUGCUGCCAUCUUUCAGACAGAGGGGUUACUGAUGUCGGCCUGAAGCUGCCCGCUCUCCGUGAGGCGUUCGCUACCCUGCUUGCCAGCAUCCACAACCAGAACUUCCUGUUCCUGGUGGGAAAGAAGAUCGUCAUGCGUCUGGCAGCGGCUAACAUCCAGGACGUGGUUGGGGUGAAGUUGGCCUACGAGGCCUUGAUUCGAUUCCUGAGGACGCCUUCUCAUCAGGAUUCGAUUGAGGCAGAGAUCUCCUCCUGUGUCCCCCACUACAACUUCCUGGAUGUUUUUUUUGAGCUGAUUCUGUUCCGCCAUUUCAGAAGUGGCUCAACACUUGAGACAUUUAAUGGAGGAUUCUUGGAGCGCCUGCUCGAGCUCAUCAGCAUGUGGGAUGUGGACGUGUGGGAGCCUGCAGCAGAGCUGUACUUCACAGUGCUUAUCGAUCACCUAACACAGCUUGCUGAAGUACUGUUCUCUCAGCCUCUGGAGCUGUACAGUGACCCAGCAGCCUUAGCCACCACGGUUCAGCAUCUUCUCAAGAAGCACGUCCAGCAGAUGAUGGACACUUUGGAGAAGCUCUGAGCAAUGUCUUUUGUUUAUCGCUUUAUAUUUUCUUCUUCUGAUUCGUUUUAUGUUCGUUCUUUUCCCUCACUUCUUUCCCUACAUUGCUCAAGCUCUCCACAGGUAAGUAUGAAUUCAUUUUAUUUCUAUUUUUGAUUAAGAUUUUAAAAAUCACUUUUCUUUCCUAUAGGUUUGUACAGUCAACCCCAGGACUGAAGACGGGCUUAACCCUAGGAUCCCUCAUCCCUUAAUAAUUAUCCCAUAUUAAUCUAUCCCUCUAUUCCUGUCCCACUCCCCUAUUCCUAUAGAUACUAAAUAGGUUAAUAGAUUUUUUUGUAAAUAAACUUAUUGUUAUAUAGUGCUUAUAUUAUUUAAUA